GUGGGAUUUUAUACUUUUUCAUUGUUUAUACGCUUAUGGCUUUGAGGGAGGCGAUGCAACACCACAAGUCCAAAAGACCAACAAUCACAUAUAUAUUUCAACUGUACACCAGAAUACUUUUUACUUUGCUUAUCUCACCUUUCACUGAACUUUCUCCUUUGCUCUUGUCUCACCUGUGUGGAAUGUGCACAAGUUGUUACAAACACUGUUAUAUGUGCAAACUUUGCAUUCGAAUGAAACUCGUGCCACUGUGGUAUGUGGCAUGUGGUAUGUGGCAUGUGGCAUGUGGCAUGUGGCGCGUGCACUAAAUGAUUGUUAUACCAAAUCACAGGGAAACUCUUUCUUUUUUUUUCCUUUUUGCUGAGCCUGCUUUUGUUUAUGAUCCAAAGCGUUGGUUUGAGUGAUUGUCGUUACGGCUUGCGAAGAUCAAUCAACUCUAUAACCAAGAGUAUCAGGGUUUAU